CUUUUCACCCCCUUUUUUUUUUUUUUCACGGCGCCCCUGGUGAGAGUUGAGGUUGUGAGAGUUGGGAAAGACUUCAACAACUCCUGCAGUGCGAAAACAAAUCUGAAGACAUGCGGGUGGCAGUGAUUGGAGCUGGAGUCAUCGGCCUGUCAGCAGCACAGAGCAUCUACGAGCAGUUUCACUCCAUUGUCAGUCCACUGAGCAUCGAGGUGUAUGCAGACUAUUUCACUCCUCUGACCACGAGCGAUGGAGCUGCUGGCUUGUGGCAGCCCUACCUGUACGAUGAAGGCAAUGUCCAGGAGACAAAAUGGAAUAAGGAAACAUUUGACUACUUGCUGAACUGUCUCAGAUCGCCAGACUCCAUUCAAAUGGGUGUAUUCCUUCAAUCUGGCUACAACCUCUGCACUGAACCAGCCCCAGAUCCCUCAUUUAAAGAUAUCGUCCUAGGCUUCAGACAGCUCACAGAGCGAGAACUGCAGAUGUUCCCCGGAUACAAUCAUGGGUGGUUCAACACUGCUCUCAUGCUGGAAGGUAAAACAUACUUACCUUGGCUGAUGGAUUGGUUGCAAAAAAGGGGAGUGACAUUUUACCAAAGAAAAAUAGAGUCCUUUAAGGAGCUGGCAGAGUCUGGGGCAGACGUGAUAAUAAACUGCAGUGGGAUGAGAUCAGGAGAUCUCCAGCCGGACCCUGAGCUCAAACCCGGGCGGGGGCAGAUCGUGAAGGUCGAAGCGCCGUGGCUGAAGCAUUGGAUUCUCACCCACAAUUUAAAAAAAGGAAUCUACAAUUCACCAUACAUCAUUCCAGGGAGUCGACUCGUGACAGUCGGUGGGAUUCUCCAGUUAGGGAACUGGAGUGAAAAGAACAAUUCUACGGACCAUAAGAACAUCUGGGAAAACGCUUGUCAGCUCGAGCCAAGUCUCAAGCAUGCCAGGAUAGUGCAGGACUGGGCCGGCCUCAGGCCUGUUCGCAGCAAAGUCCGAUUGGAGAGGGAGACCAUACAGUCCGGUGCAGCUGCAAUAGAGGUGAUACACAACUACGGACAUGGAGGUUUUGGACUCACCAUUCACCGGGGCUGCGCCCAAGAGGCAGCAAGGCUCUUCGGUCAGAUUGUGGAACAAAAAGGGAAAGGUCCAAAAGCUCGCUUGUAAAUUUCUGUGCAGGUGCUUGAUUGAUUGAUUGAUUCAUUCAUUGAUUGAUUGAGGUGCACUUCCAAUUUUAAUGUCAGUUCCUUGUGCCUCAUAAUCCAAAAACUGUUAUUUUCUAUAACCAGCAUUUUAGCAAACAGAUUUUCAAUUUCCAUACCUUUGGGGUACUUACAUGACAUAAAUACAACUCAUUUGUGUAACUUGUAUGUAACUCUAAAGAGUAGACACCAAUUAAAUGAUUCACAUCUAAUCAUAGAUAAAUCCAUAGAAGGAUAUGUUCAUUUAAAGAAGUAUAUUGUGUAAAAAUAAAUUCUAUGUUCUCAUUAAAUGUAAUGUAGAAAAAUGUCUAACUGAUAAAAUCACUUUUUAUUAAUAAAUAACAACAUGAAUACACUGCUCUUUUUGAAAGAUUAUUUACUAUAGUAUCAUACACAUUUACAUCCAGUGCAUCGACAAGAAUCUGUGCACACAGACACUUAAUACAGCACUAUAUCUCCAACAGGUAAAGAGUCAGCUGGCUGGGCCUGUACUAGUUCCUGUAACUUUUUUUUACACAAAUCUUUGCACAGUGUGUCACUCUGACAAGUCAGUCUCCACAUCACCUUUGUUACAAACAAAAGCAAAGACAACAACUAAAACAGGUAUUGAUACAUAUACAUUAUUUACAGAAAGACAGAAUGUAACAUCCUGUUAAUGGAUGUGUACAUACAUACACGUGUAGGUCUAUGUGUGCAAAGCCUCGACUCGAGUAGAGCAAGAGACGCUGCAUUUAUAGAUCAGGACACCAUAUAUUCAUGUUCAUGGCAUUUGAUUGAGCGAUGAAAAUACUUUUUAGAUUUACUUCAACAUUAACUUACAAUUGUCUUCAGAUGCAGGCCAGGAUCUGUGGACUUGUUCCAGUUGUGUUAUAUUUAUGAAAUAUCGUUCACUAUAUGAUGUAAAUAUGCUAUGGUGAAGGCUUUGGCAGAUUUAUUAGGUUGUUGAUUCUAAUAUGGCCUCAUAAUGAUACUUGUUUCUUCAGCUAACAACAAACAUCAUCCAUGUUAAAAUGUGAAAUAAUACUGACGCAAAAUAAAGAACAUAUUUAGCACAAGGUUUAACACAGUGACUUACUGUGUGUCCUUUCACUGCCUUUACACAAUUUAUUUUUGAAUUAAAGGUGGGGUAGGUAAGUUUGAGAAACCGGCUCGAGAUACACUUGUUGUUAUAUUCCAUGGAA